ACAGUAACUCGACCUGCCAGGCACUAUUGGCACGACAAGCUUUCCCUGUAGGUCAAAAUGACGACCCUCACAAAGCGCACAUCGACGCCGUCGAUCGCCGUCUUCCCAAACCACAAGGUAGCCAAGAUCAAUCGGAACAUCUACUCCGGCUUCACAGAGCACAUGGGCCGCUGCAUAUACACAGGCCUGUACGACCCGACCAACCCAAACAAACACCUAAUCACACCCGAGGGCUUCCGCAAAGACGUCCUCGAAGCCCUAGCCCCUCUCAACAUCCCCGUCUUUCGGUAUCCUGGAGGCAACUUCUGCGCCACCUACCACUGGCAAGAUGGCAUCGGCGCCGUCGACCAGCGCCCCUCCAGACCCGAACUGGCCUGGGGCAACGUCGAAACCAAUCACUUUGGCACCGACGAAUUCAUGUCAUGGUGCAAAGCCGCCAACACGCAACCAUAUCUCUGUCUGAAUUUCGGCACAGGCACGCUCGACGAAGCAAUGGCCUGGGUCGAAUACUGCAACGGCAAAAACGACACCUACUACGCCAACUUACGACGUAAACACGGUCAUGAGGAACCAUAUAACGUCAAGUACUGGGCGUUGGGCAACGAGAUGUGGGGACCCUGGCAAAUCAACCAGAUGACGCAAGAAGCGUACGCCGAGCGAGCAUUGCAAUGGGCCAAAGCACUCAAGUUGCUCGAUCCGACCAUCGAGUUGGUCUUAUGUGGCAAAGAAGGCGCGACGACGUGGGAUUACUACACGCUCAAGCACUGCCUUCAGCCCGCGGGGUUGAGCGAUUUGGGCGAGGAGCGCGUUCCGCUCAUCGACAUGCAUAGCAUCCACUUGUACACUGCGAGCGAAGACCACUACGAGAACGUGACUGCUCCUUUAGCCGCGGAGCGCGCAAUCGAAGUGUGUUCGGGCCUGAUCGACCUCGCAUUUAUUGAGAACAAGCUUCUCCCCACCCAGAAACGGCCGACCAUCUGCUUCGACGAGUGGAAUGUGUGGUCCCCGCCGCGUGCACCAGGCAGUAAGGGCGCUGAGGAGCAAUAUACUUUGUCCGAUGCAUUGGCUGUCGCCGUGUGGCUGAACGUGCUGGUGCGUAAGUCCAAGGAUGUUGGCAUGGCGUGUAUUGCGCAGAGCGUCAAUGUGCUUAGCCCCCUCAUGACCACCGAAUCAGGACUCAUCAGGCAGACGACUUGGUGGCCGUACGAAUUGUUCUGCAGGUUUAUGAAGGGUCAUACGAUUGCCGUGCAUGUUGCAUGUGACUCGUACGAGGGCUCUACGAAGCCGGACUGGGUAAGAGCUUUGAAGGAGACGCCCUGGUUGGAUGUCAGUGCCACGGUGGAUGACGAAGGCUGGGUCAGUGUGUGUGUCGUGAACAUGCAUGUCGAAAAGAACUUGGAGACGACGUUGGGAGGCACAGAAGGCGCCAAGGUCACGGUUUACACAGUUACCGGAUCAAAUCAGACGGUCACCAACAUGGCGGGCAAGGAAGAGGUUGGUAUGGCAGAAUCGCAGUGGGAACCGACUAAGGACUCCAGAUUCGUGUUUCCAAAAUGUUCCAUUACCAUGCUAAGGUGGAAGGGCUCGUAAUGUACUGUCGUACCAAAAGUGUGCAU